GUUCCGCCCUCCCCACCCGUGGAGCCUUCCAGAAGUCCCCGGCAGAUCCGUGCGGCUUGCAGUUCAGCCACACUCCAGGAUCACAUCAUUAAACGCGUUAUUCUGUCAGAUAAACGCCGAUUGUGUGUUCUAAACUCCAAAUCAGCAUGUCCACUUUGGGCACAUUAGCCUUUGAUGAAUAUGGAAGGCCCUUCAUCAUCAUUAAAGACCAAGACAAGAAGACACGCUUAUCGGGCAUUGAUGCACUGAAGUCUCACAUAAUGGCAGCCAAGGCAGUGGCAUCAACGCUUAAGACAUCUUUGGGUCCAAACGGUCUUGACAAGAUGAUGGUUGACAAGGAUGGAGAAGUAACUGUCACUAAUGAUGGCGCCACCAUUCUCAGCAUGAUGGAUGUGGACCACCAGAUUGCCAAGCUGAUGGUGGAACUGUCCAAAUCCCAAGAUGAUGAGAUUGGUGAUGGAACCACUGGAGUUGUUGUGCUGGCUGGAUCGCUGCUUGAGCAGGCCGAGCAGCUGCUGGACCGAGGAAUCCACCCCAUCAGGAUCUCCGAUGGUUACGACCAAGCUGCACGCAUAGCCAUAGAGCAGCUGGACAAAAUAGCAGAAACUUUCCCCUUCGAUCCCAACAACACCGAACCACUCAUUCAGACUGCCAUGACAACGCUGGGGUCAAAAGUCAUCAACCGGUGCCACAGACAGAUGGCGGAAAUUGCAGUGAAUGCCAUCCUCACUGUGGCCGACAUGGAAAGGAAGGAUGUAGACUUUGAGCUCAUCAAGGUGGAGGGCAAGGUGGGAGGAAAGCUGGAGGACACACAGCUCAUUAAGGGAGUCAUAGUGGAUAAGGAGUUCAGCCACCCUCAGAUGCCUAAGCUUCUCAAAGAUGUUAAAAUCGCUAUUCUAACCUGCCCGUUUGAGCCUCCUAAACCCAAGACCAAACACAAGUUGGAUGUGACCUCCGUUGAGGACUACAAAGCCCUCCAGAAUUAUGAAAAAGAGAAGUUUGAGGAGAUGAUCCAGCAGGUCAAAAGCACUGGUGCUAACUUGGCCAUCUGCCAGUGGGGCUUUGAUGAUGAGGCCAACCAUCUUCUGCUGCAAAGCGAGCUGCCUGCUGUGCGCUGGGUUGGAGGGCCUGAGAUUGAGUUGAUUGCUAUAGCUACCGGAGGCCGUAUUGUGCCGAGGUUCUGCGAGCUGACACCAGAGAAGCUCGGAACCGCUGGCUUGGUGAAGGAGAUCUCCUUUGGCACAACCAAGGAUCACAUGCUCGUCAUCCAGGAGUGCAAAAACACCAGGGCUGUAACCAUUUUCAUCCGAGGCGGCAACAAAAUGAUCAUUGAGGAAGCCAAGCGUGCUCUCCACGAUGCUCUGUGUGUAAUCCGCAAUUUGGUGAAAGAUAACCGUAUUGUGUAUGGGGGCGGAGCUUCAGAGAUAGCCUGUGCCCUGGCUGUCAACCAGGCUGCAGAUAAGUGCCCAUCAUUGGAGCAGUAUGCCAUGAGGUCAUUUGCUGAUGCCCUCGAGGUCAUCCCAAUGGCUCUGGCUGAAAACAGCGGGCUGAACCCCAUCCAGACCAUGACUGAGGUCAGAGCCCGGCACGUCAAAGAGAGCAACCCCUUCCUUGGAAUUGACUGUUUGCAUCACAACACCAAUGACAUGAAGCAGCAGCAUGUGAUCGAGACCCUGAUCGGCAAGAAGCAGCAGAUCCUGCUGGCCACUCAGGUGGUCAAAAUGAUCCUAAAGAUAGAUGACAUCCGAAACCCGGGGGAGAGUGAGGACUAAAGACCCGCCUGAAGAAGGAAGACCCAAAUCUGCUCUUUAAUGUAAAAAUCUGAGCUGCUCUAGAGGUCUUUAGCACCUCCUCAAGCCCAGUGCCGCACUGCUUACUGCUAUUUAUCGUUUGAUACAGAAAUGUCCCAAGCUGUGUUAGUUCUAAAGUCACCAAUAAAAGGUUGGUCUGUUGAAACUUCAAAAUCUCA